GAAAAGCCGCACAAAUGCCAGAUCUGUGGAAAGGGUUUUAGUCAGUCGUCAAAUCUCAUCACACACACUCGUAAGCACACCGGGUUCAAGCCGUUUUCGUGCACAAUGUGUGGCCGAGCUUUUCAACGGAAGGUAGACCUCAGACGCCACAUGGAUUCGCACCAUCUGAAGUUAGAAAGCAGCUAUGGCGGCAGCAACUUGUCCUGUAUUGGCACUGGUGUUGGAGUUGGUGUUACCUCAGAGCCGCUACUGAUAUCACUGCCGACUACUGCGAUACCGAAGCGCCCCCUGAUGAUGAACGUAGAGAACACUAUGGACAGUGCUCAGUCGACAUCAUCGGACGUCACUCAUUCUGGAGGCACCACGUAAAU